AUGUGGCCCGACUGCUACCCUCCCCGUCACGGCUUUCACAACGGCGCUGCCGGCGCCGCGUCAGGCCCGCAUGGCCCGUACGGUCGAAUUCAGAACGCACACUCGUUCCACGCACCCAGACAGCAGCAGCAACAGCAGCAACAACAGCAGCAGUCACAGCAACUGCAGCAGCAGCAGCAGUCGGGAUUCUCUAACGGUCAGUUGCAGGCGCCGUUCGGAUGCCAGUCCGCCCCCACCUCUCCGUCCAAGCCGCCGCCCUUCGCGCGGCGAGCAGGCAGCGCCGACGCCGGCUCGAUAGCGUCGGACGCGGGCAGCGCGUACGCUGAGAGCUCCGCGUCGGGCGACGACGACGGGAGCGCGGGGUGGAGCAUGGCGGGCGAGGAGGGCAAGUCGAACGACGCGUUCCACGUCAUCCACAAGGUCCCCGUCGGCGACUCGCCAUACGUCCGCGCGAAACACGUUCAGCUGGUGGACAAGGACCCGGUUCGCGCGAUCGCGCUGUUCUGGUCGGCGAUCAACGCGGGCGACCGCGUGGACAGCGCGCUCAAGGACAUGGCGAUCGUCAUGAAGCAGCAGAACCGCCCCGAGGAGGCCAUCGAGGCCAUCCGCUCGCUGCGCCACAAGUGCUCCGAGGUGGCGCAGGAGUCGCUGGACAACGUGCUGCUCGACCUCUUCAAGCGCUGCGGGCGCCUCGACGACCAGGUGGCGCUGCUCAAGCACAAGCUCGACAUGAUCCGCCAGGGCGUCGCAUUCAACGGCAAGCGCACCAAGACGGCGCGGUCCCAGGGGAAGAAGUUCCAGGUGUCGAUCGAGCAGGAGGCGACGCGGCUGUUGGGGAAUCUGGGGUGGGCGUACAUGCAGCAGGGGAACUAUGUCGCGGCGGAGUCGGUGUAUCGGAAGGCGCUGCGCGUGGAGGCGGAUAGCAACAAGGUGUGCAACCUCGGCAUCUGCCUCAUGAAGCAGGCACGCAUCGUCGAGGCGCGCGCGUUGCUCGAGUCCGUGUCGCCCAACAGCGACCCGCGUUGGGGAUCCGAGUCGCACAUUAAGUCGUACGAGCGCGCGCAGAGCAUGCUCGUGGAGCUCGAGACGUCAGCGGCGGCGGCCGAAUCGGCCAAGGACGGCGCAGCUGCCAGAGCGGGCACCAGCGGCGGGGAGGACGCUAGCGCCAGUGACACGGGCGGUAAAUCCGCCGCCUCCGCCUCCGCGCCGUCCGCAGCACCCAGCGGCGAUGGGGUCUCGUCCGACAAGCUUCCGCAAGUCAAGCCCGCGUUCCGCGGCAUGUGUGGCAUGGGCAUGGGCAUGGGCUUGGCGCGCAGCUCGUUCCAACGGCACUCAUCGUACCUGUGCGAGUUCCUGGGUGCGCCCGACAUGUGGGACUCGCUCAUGGCGGACAGCAGCGCCGUCGGGGGGAAUGCAACGGCGGAAGGAGCGCCGGCAGCUCCGCAAGGUGCCGCAGGCGGCUCUUCGGGCAUCGCAGGCAUGCAGUCGCGGGGACCGCCGGAUGCGCCGCCGCCGCCGCAGCAGCAGCAGCAGCAGCAGCAGCGGCCGCUGCAGGCGCCAAUGCAGUGCAUGCGGAGGCCGCCAGCGACCGGCGGAAUGGCGCGGACGAUGAGCAUGGGCGCGGGGUGUGGCAACCCGCUUGCGCGCUCCAUGAGCUUCGGCGGAGCAGAUGCGCGCGGGGGCCUGUCGUGCCUCAAGCCCAACGCACCCGAGUUCAUGCCCGGGUCGUUCGGCCCCAUUCCGCCUCCCCCCGGCCACGGCUCCGCUCCGCCCUUCAUGCACGGCGCUCCGCCCCCGCCCCCCCCUGGCGACGGUCGGCGCACGCUCACCGCGUCGCGCUCGCUCCCCCCACUGCAGAUUCCCACGGCGGGGUUCGCGCUGGCAACGGCGUCGCCAUCACUCGUGUCACCGCUGGGGCCCAUGUCGAGCGGCUCGCUCUCGUGCACCUCUAGCUUCGGCGCCGCGUCGUGGGAUGACGGACUGAUGAUGUCAGCGUUCGAGAGUGACGACGACGUGCUCUGCGAAAUGCCCAACGACAGUUACCAGCCGUCUGCUGCGGCUAUCUCCGUUGCUGCGGGGGUCUGGGCAUCGCAGAAACCGCCCACUUCGGCGCACCUCGCUGCCGCAAUGCGCAAGGGCGGCGGAUUCCCCGCGCCCGGGCAGCGCGCGCUAUACAGGGGCACAGAGAACGUUCCGCAGUACAUGGUGGGGGGUGCGCCCAUCGGCGCGGGCGGGCCUGGCGCGCGGAGGCCGCUGGUGUUCGGGUGCGAGAACCCCGCGCCAAUGGCGGCGAAGGCGCAGAUGGUGGCGGGCGGGCUGAUGGGCGGAGGCAGCAUGGGCAUGCAGAUGGGCGCGGAGAUGGGCGGAGGGAUGGGCAUGACGACGGUCAUGGGCGAGCGCACGAACCUGGAGCCCCCCGCGCAGUUUGUGGGUGCAUGGGGGGCUGUGGCGCAGGGGAAGGGCGCGUGGGGACCCGCAUGGGGUGCUCCAGGGGAAGGGGGAAGCAUGGGUGAGGGGGAGAAGGGGAAGGAUCAGCAGCAGGCAGUGGCGGGGCAAGAGGUGGGGGGAUCGGGAGUGAAGAGGAACCGGGUGCCUACCCCAGUAAAGGCUGCUGCUCCCAAGGGAGAGAGAGGGGGCGACGCGGAGGGAGGAGACGCGAGUGGAGCGCAGGAGGGCGGGCCGGUGGUGCCGAGGGCGCUGUGGGAGAUGCUGGGGUUCACAGGCAGCCCUGACAAGCUGCUGCUGGAGGAGCUCAAGGCCACCGACAGCGCCAAGAAGCUGCUCGCCUCCGCUGGGUCUGCUGACAGGCAGCAGGGCAGCGAGCGACGCACGCUGUUUGCUGACACUGCUGAUACUGUGGCUGCUGCAGUAGUGGGCGGUGCUGCUGCUGCCACCACUCUGACCAGCCCCACUGCAGGCAGCUCCCACUUGGAGUGUGUUCGCCAACACCGAGACGAUUUCUCGCCGACCUUUCUUGAUGUCAUUCGACCCGCUCUCCUCAGCACGAAAGCCGGCAGCCCUGGCGACAAGGUGCUUCGGUUCUUCAAGACAUUCCUCGGCGUAUUGGUCGCAGAGGGAAGCGAGGGCGAACGGGAGAUGAUGGAGGAGCUGCUGUGCCUCUUCUCGCAGUACAGCGAGGCGCGCAGCAAGGCCGUGCGGGUCAACGUCACCAGAGUGCUCUCGGAGGUGCUGAAUUCGUUGCCCGGCAGCUUCAGUCUGUCAGCCGACGCCAUCGUGAUCAUCCGCGAGUUCUUGCAUUGCCGAAUGGACGACAAAAUCGCCGUCAUCCGCGCGUGGGCCGCCAGGGCGCUCAAGCGCAUGGUGACCUUCGAGGAGGACGGAGGAGUGGACGUGGACACGACCAUCGGGUUAUUCCGCGAGAAGAUGAAGACCGAGUCGAGCUCCGAGGUGCGCGAGGCGAUGGUGUGGUCGCUGCCGGAGUCCACGAGCACCAUUCCCGACAUUCUCGAGCGCACGGCGGACGUCAGCGAGCGGGUCAGAGCCGCGGCGUACAAGUCCUUCGCCGAGAGAUUCUUUCCCAUCGAAAGCUUCAGCAUCCGGCAGCGAGUGCAGCUGCUGUCGCAGGGUCUGGUUGACCGGUCGCCGACGGUGCGGUCGGCGUGCGUGGAGCUACUGUGUCGCGCGUGGCUGUCGCGCGACUGCGAGGGCGACCUGGUGCGACUGCUGCGACACGUGGACGUGGAGAGCCACGAGGCGGUGGCGGAAUCGGCGGUGCGGGAGGUCCUGCAGGCGCACAGCGCGGGGUGCGGCGACAUGGAGCUGGUCGUCCCUGAAGGGGGGCUGCGUGCCGCUGUCAAGCAGAUGUCCACUCCUGCAGAAGGGAGGUCGGAGGAGGCAGCAGCAGCAGGGCUGCUUACGGCGGAGGAGGCGCUCUUUUGGCGCAUGCUGUGCCUGCACCUCUCCGCGCAGGCCAAUGAGAACGGAUCAAAUGCCGCAAUAUCCGCUGGCGCAGCAGCGGUGGUGGCAGCAGAAGCAGCGAGCGACCUGAACGCGCAGCUGGAGGCCCUGCUGCCAGCCACGGCGCAGGACUACCUGACGCUGCUGGAGACGCACAUGCAAGCAGGGUCCGAGGGUCGGUUCGCAGCGCGGCAGCUGAUGCAGCUGGCGGCGGUGCUCGACUUCACCGACGCCACCAUCCGCGCGCACGCCGCCGCGCUCGUGCACCGCCACCUCGUCGGCGCGCAGCCGGCGCGCGAGGGGGCGGGGGAGGAGAGCGCCGAGGCGGAGGACGAGUGGGAGGAGGGCGUGGCAGACGGCAGGUGGGGCGAGGCUCUGCUGGGGCUGGCGCAGCGCGUGCACGCCUCGGAUGCUGACGUGCUCGCUGCUCUCGUCGACGCUCUGGCUGACGUCAGCAAGCCGAUGAUGGCGGGCGUGGCGGGUGUGGAUGGUGUGAGCGAGGGGCAGUGGCUGCGGUGCGUGGCGGCGACGCGCAUGGUGCUGCGGCUGUGCUGCAAGUCGGCAGGCGGCGGCGCGUUCAGGGCGUGGAGGAACCUGCGCGUGGAGCCGCAGGAGGCGCUUAACUGCAUCAUCGUCCCCGCGGUACGCGCGCGCGCUGCCCCACGACGGUGUGCACGCAUUCGCUGCACUGCGCCCGUGACUGCAUUCAUUCCCCGUGACCCGUGUGCUCAAACAUUAUUCCCCCUUCCUCCCUCCCCCCUCCUGUGCUGGCAGACGUCGCACCCGUCACCACUGGUGCGCGCUGAGGCCGUCGGCGCGCUGCACGCCUUCGCCAUGCUGCACGUGCCGUCCGCGCGCGCCCACCUGCCUCUGCUGCACGCCGCCGCGCGCGAUUCCGCGCACCCAGGCGUGCAGAUGGCGGCCGUGCGCGCCCUCGCGGACCUGCUGCUCUGGCACCGCCCCGCCGCGCUGCUGCCCGACAUCGCUGCGCCCGCCCUUAGCGACGAGGGCGAGGGGAGUGCGGUGAGCGGGUGCAGUGCGGGGGAAGAGGCGCAGCGCGCAGGAGGAGCGCGUGGAGGUAGGGUGGCGGAGGUGGCGGAGGGGAGCGUGGACGUGCUGGUGGGGCUGGUGCCUAUGGAGGGCGGGCAGGUGGACAUUGAGGGGGUGAGGGCGGACGUGCAGCGCGCAGGGCGACAGGCGGAGGGGGAAGACGAGGAAGAGGCGGAGGGCGUGGUGGGCGUGGUGUGCGAGGGGCUGAGCAAGCUGCUGCUGGCAGACGCGAGCAGGGCCACAGGGAAGGGCGCGGAGCGGGGGGCGGAGGGCAGGGUGGAGCGAGUGUUGCAGGUGCUAGUGCAGGUGUACCUGUGCCCGGGCGCCGCUGAAGACGAGCUGCCCAGGUGCGUGGCGCCGUGUGUGUGGGUAUUUCUGGAAACGAUUGUCCCACAACGACUCCUCUGGCUUGUCUUUCCCUCUGGGUCUGCUCUAUGGACGCGUCAAAUGCUAGCAGAGCUGUUCAACCGAGUGGCCGUGCUGCCAGCCUGCAAGGUGGCAGCGUCACGUCUGCUGCUGCCAGUGUUGCGGCAGUUGUGGCCGCGCAAGGCGGCAGCAGCAGCGCGGCAGCCUGCAGUGCGUGCCUCGCAGCUGCUGCUCUCCCUCAUGCUCGCUCAAGGUGCCCACGGGGUCGUGCCGCCCAAGCAAAGUGGAGAGGGCGAGGCGGAGGAGGGAGAGGAGGAGGCCGAGGGAAGAGCAGCAGGUGGUGGUGAUGGUGAGGGCGAGAAGAGUGGAUUGGGUGAGAGCAGCCGCGUGGAACAGCCAGCGGUGGGCUUCGAGUCUCUGGCUCUCGAUCUUGCUGCUGAGGUGCAAUCCUCCCCACUGGCCACGUCAGGCAGUGCGAGCGGGAGGGCGUACAGCGCGCAUCUGGUGCAGCUGCUGGUGGAGGUGCCGCUCAGAGCCUCCCAGCAGGACGACGUCAAAUGCCUGCGCUCGCUGCUCCCCAUGGUGGCGGAGGCAGUGCAGGGGCAGCGUGCGGCGCAGCGGCUGGUGGAGCAGCUGGCAGCGCGGCUGAGGUCGCUGGACGCCACUCCGGACGAGGAGCUGCCCCUGGAGCGCCUGGAGCAGCUGCUGCAGCGCGUGGAUGGUGAUGCAGCAAGUGCGUCAGAGGCAGGGCAGAGUGGUGCAUCGACCAUGGAGGGAGGCUCUCCGCCAGGCAGGAGGCGACGAGGCAAGCCGCCAGGUACACUGCUCCGUAUGCUGCUUGUGCUUCCACACGUGCUGCUUGUACUCCCACAAGCCUGUGGGUUGUUGCGCCAUGCACCACCUGCUGCGAGGGCACGGCCACGCCAACACGCCCUUCUCAUUGCUUGCCUGUUUGCUCCCUCUCCCCCAUGCCUCUCGCCCGUGCCUCUCGCCCGUGCCUGCACAGCGCCAGCCCGCCGCACCUCCCCCUUGUGCAGCCCCGACCCCGCCACACCGGUGCAGCGUUCUGCUCGCCCCUCACGGCAGUGCAAGGCAGUGGCCAACAGCCGCCUCAAGCAGCAGCUGGGAGGUCACAGCAGCGCCGGCAGACCCGCGGUCGGCGAGGCAGCGGUUGGGGAGAGUGAGGGAGUGGAUGCAGGGGAGGGGGUGGAGCAAGUGGGUAGGGAGGGACAGAGCACGGCAGCAGAUGUGCCGCCUGAGGCUCACAGCAGUGGGAGUGAGGAGGAGAGCGAGAGCAGUGAGAGUGAGGAGUAUGGGAGUGGAAGUGAGAGUGGAAGCGAGGAGGAGUACAGGGCGUCAGUGGGCAGACACCAGAGGGGCGCGCGGGCACAGGAGCAGACUAGUGGGCCACGGCGAGUGGCGUCCGUGAUAGCUGCUGUGAGGAGGCGCAGGAGCAGCUGCAGCAGCACUGGUGGUGGUGGUGGUGGCAGGGACGCGCCCAUCUCCAUCUCCACCGACUCUGACUCUCAAGACGUGAUCGAGGUGGUGGAGGUGGUGCCGGGGGUGGCAGGCACACACAGCAAGCGCGUGCAGCCCAAGGAGGAGGCAGAGAGCAUAUCUGAGGAGGUGGAAGAGGUGUUGGAGAAUGAGAGCGUGUGCAUGGCGGCAGGGCUCCACGCUGACAGCCCCAGUGUGGGCCGCACAGCACCAAGGGAUGACGCCUCCCCUGCAGCACGGGGGACGGAGGGCUCCCCUGCGGCGUCAGUGGGCAGUGACGCCACGUCCUUUGCAUCGGCGCUGAGUGACGACCUCCUCCUGCCCUCGCCCUCGCCCUUGCCUGCUGCCAUGCCCGCUCGGCGUGCCGGUGCCAGGCAGAGGCGCUUCGUGCUUGAUGAUGGCAGUGAGAGUAAGAGCGAGGGGCACAAGGGCGGUGAGAGGACGGCCGGGAACGCAGAGGGCAAGUGGGAUUGA